GAGGAGGAUGAUCCACCAUUGCUGAGCUCUCAUGCCCUAGCGGCACUCAAGGAGUUCCUCGCCGAGCAAAGCCAACCAUCGAGUGAACUUCACUCCGAAAAUGGAGUAUCCGAAGAUUCACAGGUCGCUUUAGUGGCGGAGGAUUGGAGGUUGAGUCAGUUCUGGUACGACCGCGACACUGCCGAGACUGUGGCAAAUGAGGUUCUUACGCUGUGCCAGAAGUUCGAUUCUCCUCGAGUCGCCUGUGUUGCCUGUCCAACGCUCUAUACCUAUCUGAAGAAAAUUGGUCCCCAUGUAUCUGUACAACUUCUUGAGUAUGACAAACGCUUUUCCCAACAUGGCAGCGACUUCACAUUCUAUGAUUACAAUGAACCAGAAGAAUUGCCGACUGAAUUGAAGCAUGAUUUUCAGAUUGUAGUAGCAGAUCCUCCUUACCUGAGUAAAGAAUGUUUGGAGAAAGUCACCCGUACAAUUUCUUUCCUAGCAAAACAUCGAGAAUCUCACCUUCUAUUACUAACAGGAGAAGUGCAAGCAGAAAGAGCAGCCGAGUUAAUGGGAUUUCAUCUGUGUGGUUUUAGGCCGCGCCACUCUAGCAAGCUUGGAAAUGAAUUUCGGCUGUUCACUAACUACAAUCCAGGGACGAGAUUAGGAGGUUGGGAGCAAUAGAUUUUGAAUCACUUUUUUUUACUCCACUAAUAUAAGUGGACAUGGAUCAGAUCUCCAUGUUUCCUCUAGAAUCUCAUCACUUUCACUUCCAUUACUAGUGUUGUGUUGUUGCCUCAAUGGGAGCUUUUGAAUCUGGAUUGAAGGAAAUAUGUAAUGGACAAAAUCCAACUGUUAAGCGUGAUUAAUUGAAAGUAUCGAGUAUGUUUUAGUUCCUAAUA